AAAAAAACAACAAACGAGAAAACGUCGGAAACCGAUUUGUCGCGCUAAAUAACACGAGAUGAUAUUUUGUUUUUCAAAGAACAAGUAUUUUUGUGAUGAUUUAUUAAUGUAAUCACAUAAGACGCUCCGUAAUUUUUGAUUUCGAAUGACUGACGGCGGAAAUAGCGAUAAAUUCGCGCAACCACAAUAAAUCAGGCAGUAAAAUCGGAUUUGUAAUCUUGGGAAAAAUAAAAAGGAAAAGACGCCAGCAGCUUCCUCGGAUUGUUUUGUUGUUGUUUUCGGUUCGUUAGUGUGUGUGUCUGUGUUUCUCAGUGUGUUUGUGCAACAAAGUCAAAGUCGUCGAAGCUGCUGCAAAAAAACGUGAAAUGCAAAUUGUGAAAAAAAAUUGCCAAAGAAACAACAGCAACUAGCAACAAUAACAACAACAUCUAUAACCGCAAUCACACGGCCAACGCAACAAUAACAAAGGCAACAACAAAACGGUUUCGCGUGUGUUGGAAAAUUGCAUUGCAAAUUGCCCAGCAGUAACAACAAUAACAAAAACAAAAGGAAAUUGCGCGCCAAAAGCGAAAGAAACAAAAGGAUUACACAUAAACAAACCAAAAAGCAGAAGCAGCUGAGCGAAAGAGAGAGAUAGCGAAAAAUCAAAACAUCGUCGAGAGGCAGAAAUUCCAGUUUAUCCAUCUCCACCACCCCCAACUCUCCGCCGGGAUUUUACCACACUUUUAAACAGGCUCUUGUGGCAUUCGUGAUACGGCAUUCAGGCACAGUCUGACGGAGGCUGAGAACGCGGCCGGAACGAUGAUGUCCAUGACUAGCUCCCCGCCGGCCACGCCCACUGGCGUCCAGACGGACUCCGAUGGACUGAUCCUGCCCAAGAAGCUCAUAAAUCCCUGCUUGGAGAGCAUCGAUCGCAAGGAGCUUAAUCGGGAGCUCAAGUUCAAUGCCAGAGUAGGAAAGAGCGUGCUGAACCAAAAAUCGGAACUGCAACGUGCCUACGACAAGCAAAAGGAGCGACAUGCUGCCGCCGAGCAACAUUCCCCGGAUGCGGAAAUCGUCGGCGGGAUUCCGGGCCUGAAAGGAGAACUCGGGCGUGUGAUCAUGGAGCGGGCCCAGAAGCAUGAGGCGGCGGCCCAGAAACAGGAUCAGGAGGACGCCGAGGAGCGGCAGUACGUGAAUCCCGAGUAUCUGAACGUUAGGGCCAAACUGCGCACGGCGCACGCCAACAAUUAAGGAGCAGCCCUCUCGGAUAUCCCACAUCCUAAUCCUCAGCUUGAUUAAUGUUUAGUUUUUAGUAACAGACCUAACCAAAUUGUGUGUAUGGAAACCCAUUUGUUUUAUGUGUUAACUUUGUGAGCGGUUUUCAUUUUGAUAUUAUGCAAAACUAGUUGGUUAUGAUAAUUAAAGUUUACACCUAGACUAAGCCAUUUACUUGUUUAGAUUGUUAGUUUUAGUUACUAAUCUAAGUAAAGUUUUCUUGCGCUAAUUUCGUUGUGUAUAAACCACAUGUAUAAAGUUUUAGUUUCUAAAUGGACCCCUUUUCUUCCAAAAUCAAACAACAAAAUGGAAUAUAAUGUAUCUAGUGUAGUUAUGUGUAUGUAUAUCUAAAAAUUAGUGAGACCGAUAAUGCUGUAAACAGGGCAAUGUGUUAGAAAGUAAGACAGAGAGACAGACAGAACUUGGGCGAAUGAUAUUUGAUCUAUAUAGAACAACUAUUUUAUGUCAAGCAAAGAAAUUUAAACAGAUUACAGAACUAUAUACAACAUAUAUCUAUAUACAAAUUUAGUUUCUGGAAUUAAUAAAUUUUAUUGUAGGCAAAAAGUUAUUAAACCAAA